UCGAGAAUUUUCUAACAAUUACUUUAAAUCAAUAUCAAUAAACAGCGAAUAUAACGUUGCAUUGGGGUAUCCAUAUGGUACUGCUCCAUUGAAAAGGAACUGCGCAGGAACACUUAUCGAACCCAACGUGGUGUUGACUACAGCUGAGUGUGUUUUACACAAAGAAGCGACACCAACUCAAGUUUUACUUGUGACCAGUAAUGUAAUAGACAUUGCCGAAAUCAUCGUUCAUCCAUUGUACAAUCCAUCAAAUUCGCUGUACUACAACAACAUUGCCGUAGUGAAGCUCAAAUCUUUUGCACCGAUCGAACCAUUUUGUGCGUGGUAUGGACACUCAAAUCCUGACCAAAAAUUGCUACUAACGGCACAAGAAGUAAUACCGAAAAAAGAUUCGAAAAGUAUGGAACAGCUCAUUGUACAAUGGCAUUACCUAUUCAUGUGCUUCAUUUCACUUUCAUUUGUUUCUAAAUCGUUUCAGAUAUUCAACAGUUUCGACUCAUGACGACAGUUUUCGAACGUUCGUCAAAGCAAUGCCCGCUGGCCCAACAAUAUAUCGAUUUGCUUCCACAGGGCUUGCAAGAUGAGCAUUUGUGCUAUGGAAAUCAGACAUUCAUUGUGCCUGGCUUGUGUAACGCAUUGCAAGGUAGCCCUAUCGAAAGAAACGAUGGCACUUACGUUUAUAUCGAAGGCAUCAGCUUGUUCGGCCGCGAUUGUGGCUAUGGAGAGCUGGCUGUAGGUGUAAGGCUCAGUGCACACAAAGCAUGGCUUGAGUCUGUAUUGCUCCCUCGCCCGGAAGAACAGCCUCUUGUGUACAUUGAUCCUGAUCGGAAGCUCUUAGACGACUGCAUGUAUACGGAUCGGACAAAAGGAACUUGCGUGGCAGAACAGGACUGUCCAGCCAUUCACGCUCGACUGCAAAAGAAACAACAGAUUUCAUUCUGCUCAAAUGGGACUGUUGUUUGUUGUCCUAAUAAAGCUAGUGAUCCUCGAAUGAUGGCAAUAGAAAACGAAUUCAACGAGUGUGAGGAACGCUAUCGUCGUUUGAGAACUGAUCGACAAAAUGGAAGUUCUCAUGCCGUUGAAAUAGGAUGGCAAAAUCAUCACAACACAACGUAUGGAUGUUACGGAUACCUCAUCAGUACUCGUGGUGUUGUUUCGUCGGCAUCAUGUUUGCUAGAAAAAGGUGAACUGCCAAACAUUGCACGAAUAGGAGGAAUCGAUUCAUUGGACAAUGCAAGUAUUAUCCGUAUUGAGAAAGUGGCCAUCCAUCCACACUAUAACCCGACAAAACAGCAGCACAAUAUAGCAAUUCUCAAACUGAAAUCAGUCGUCGAACCAACUGAAAGCGUUUUCCCUGCGUGUCUUUGGCAGAGCCUUACUCAUUCGCCAGUCGAGCAAAAGGUGUUAGAUUUUGCUUCUGCAUUAAGGGCUUCCAUUCAUCCGAUGUACAAAAGCGAUUGUGAGGCUCUUUUAAAUCGUUCUUUCGAUCAGUUUGAACAUAUCUGCAUGAACCCUGGUUAUCGGCCAUACUCAUUUACGACAGAUUUUCAAAUUCGAUACAAGAAUAAAAUUAACGUUCCCGAUCACUGCUACAGUGCAGGAAGUCCCAUCGUGUGGAGAAAACCCAUCGACAAUGGUUUGCAUGUGGAGUAUCUGGUGCACAUCUACAGCCAUGGAGAAUGCGGUCCCGAAACACCUCGCGUAGUGAACCGUGUUGCGGCGUAUAUCGAGUGGUUCAAGGAAGUGUUGCAGUGACGAUAAUUUGAUGUAAUGGUUUCUGUGUAUGUGUUUCAUGAAUAAAGCCGCUUUAGAAGCGAUAUUUGUACGCAAACAGAGCAGGACUUUCGCAGGGGAUGUAGCUGGCAGAGGAAAGUAAAUAGCCCCUCCCCACUCUCUUUCUCCCGUCCGCUGCGUAAAACAUGAAAAAUUCACACUCACUUCCUUUCCGCUUCGACCAAGAACUGCACAUUGCUUUCACUAUGCCAAUUCUCUUCAUGUCUAGUUCCGCCACUAAGCUUCCACUGCUCAACGAGUUUGAGAAUUUAUGAUACUGAAUGGUUUUCAUCACUAGUUUCAUGUAGCUUGUGUGCUAUACUUGUUUGUCAAGCUAAACUUUUUUUGAUGAAUACAAAACGGUGGCUGCACGGUCACCCAACACUUUAAUUGUCAUUUUUUUAUAUUCCUUCUCUGAGCCGCCUUUUUUCUCCAUGUCCUUCGAUUGAAUGGUUUUAUGGAAAAAAUGAAUUUCAAGAGUAAAAUACGUUUCCAAUAAUUUUACGUCAUUGACCACACAAGCCUUAGUAUGGUCAUCGUGUCUUUGUCUUCGGUUCAUUUGGUGGACAAGCAUGCCUGAUAUGCAAAUUUAAAACAAUCUCCAAACCUGUUAUGUAGUAUUGUUCACCAUAUGUUGGCUCAGAUACGUUUUCAGCAAUCGUUUCUUUGCAUAUUAAAUGACAUAUGGCUGAA